AUGUUCUCAAACAAUUCAGAUUUUUUCGUGCUCAUUAUGUUCAUGCUAGUCCAAUCAUUAGUAUUAUACUUAAAUACUCGAAGAGUGAAAAACUGUAUCACUGCCGAAUUAUCUGCUAUCAAAAGAUCACGACGAAACUCGGGAGCUAAUACCGAAUUGCUCCAACGAAUAAAUGAGCUUGACCGCAAUAUAUCUCUAAUGGGCUAUGAAGUUCGCGAUCCAAAAUUCUUCUCUACGAUGUGGAGAGCUACAAAAUGGCAUUUGACUGAAAACGAAACAUUCUAUAUAAUUUAUGUGGGUGGGAUAGUCAUAGACAACCAGAGCCUUUUCCGGGAUAGAAAAAUAAAUUAUUUAGCGAUCGUGUAUCAGUAG